GCUAGAGGCGUGACAUCGAGGUGACGCGUGACAGCUGCUUUAAAGAACAUUGCAUUUACCAGCUGUAUAAUAUUGUCACGUUACUGGACAAACAGUUCUACUACUAUUAGCUGUUAAAUUAUUUGUCACACAGCUACUGCGGAACACUGGGACGGUAGACGAUAUGGAGGACCAGGAGAUUCCACACACGACGGAGGCGCUGGUGGCGAGGCUGCACCAGCUCUGCACGACCACGUCCGGGCCAGUAGCGGACCGGCUGCAGGAGGUGGAGGAGCUGCUGCAGCGCUGCCCGGGGAUUAUAAACCAACGUGGUAGCAGAAAUCAUCCCGCCAUACACACGGCAGCUGAGAACGACGAACAUCAGGUGAUGGAGGUGCUUAUCCGUCAGGGCGCUGAUAUAGAGGCGCUGGGAGGCAGUCACAGCGUCACCCCGCUCAUCUGCGCCAUCACCAGGCAGGCCCAGCGAUGUUUCAAGCUCCUCAUUGAAAAGGGUGCAAACGUCCGUGCGGUUGGAGGAGACAAGAAGUGCGUUCUUCAGGUGGCGGUUGAGCAGAGUAGAGAUAACGGGGGUAUGGUGGCUGUCCUGCUUGACCAGGGAGCCUCCCUACAGGACAAGGAACCCAAGUCUGGCCACACGCCGGUGCAUACAGCGACUCUCAUUGGCGAUCCGGAGGUGUUGCAACUCUUGCUGAGACACUGCCCUGAUGCAGCGAACAUUAUCGACAAUAGGGACAACACGCCACUGCAUCUGGCUGCUGAGAAAGGUCAUAGAGAUUGCUGUUCAGUGCUUUUGAAGUUCGGGGCAAACAUGGCUGCUUGUAAUAAACUGAAAGAAACUCCACUGCACCUAGCGGUCAGGGCAAGCUUUAAAAGUACCUGUGAAAUGUUAUUAAGCAAAUGUGAAAACAUUAACAGCAAAGACAAUAACGGCGAUACACCUUUAAUAUGUAGCGCUGCAUCUCAGAAACAUUCAUCUAAGGACAUAUUAGAGCUGAUAUUGCAGUACAAACCAGACGUGAACAUCACUAACUCUAACGGGGACAAUGCUCUGCACGUUGUUGCUAAGCGAGGCUACCACGAAAAGUGCUGGCUGCUGGUGGCCGCCGGGGCAGACUGCAACUACAGGAACCAAGCCGGCCUCACUCCUCUCCAUUAUGCUACAAAGAAAAAGUUUCCAGAGUGCUGUGCUGCUAUUUUGAAUUUACCCUUUACUGAUGACCCUUAUCAGUCUUCCAUGUUGAAAGCCUGUGAUAAGCAAGAGGACAGAGGAAAUGUCAUCAAUGAUUGCGUUGAUAGUAUGAGCACCACUAGGCUAGCCGAUGUGAAUAUUACAAGUAAGGAAGGUAAGACUCCACUUCACUAUUCUCUUGAGAAAGGUUCUGUAGAAUGCUGUAUGCUGCUACUCAAGAGGAGAGCCAAAGUGGUUCUUCCGACUCUGAGUGGUGAUACUCCUUUGCACCUUGCAGCCUAUGCAGGCCUAGAUGAAUGCUGUAGACAUCUUAUACAAAAAGGAGCUUCAGUUAAUGCUGUUAACAAUCUGAACAGAACACCUCUCCAUUUAGCAGCACAGCGUGGCUCCUUGUUGUGUUGUCAAGUGCUCCAGAAGAGAGGAGCCAACGUCAAUCUCUCUGACAGUGACAAGAUGACGCCCCUACACAUCGCGGCCAAAAUUGGCGUAGCUGAAUGUUGCACAUUUCUAAUUAAAAAGAAUGCAAAGCUUUCAGCAACUGAUAAGAACGGGAUGAUUCCCCUUCACUGGGCAGCUUCUGAGGGGCACCUAGGUUGUUGCAAAGAGAUGAUCACAGAAGAAAACUACUGGCAACUCUUCAAAAUGGAUGACAAAGGCCAGACUCCUUUAGUUAUUGCCUUCACAAAACGACAUGAUGAUAUAUUUUGCUACUUACUUCAAAAGAUGUGUGACCCCAAGAAAUCCAAACGAUCUGAAGCACAUAAAUUCAGCUGUCUUAACGAAUUUCUCACUACUAGCAUCAAUGAUAAACGCAACAAAGCCACGGAGGCGAUAGUCAACAGUCAACAGUGGGAGAAAGCAUUCGCUCCGACUGAAGCCAAGGAGAGAAGCAUGAACCUUGAACAGCUUAUCCGAAAGUUCCCGAAACUGGUAAAGGUAGUCCUGGACAAGUGCAUCAAAUGCGUGGGUGGUGAUCAAGAGACCUUCGUGUUCUACCUUCUUGAUGACACCUACUACAGUCUGGAAGGAAACCUCUCUGGGGAAGGGAACCGCAGAAGGCUGCCAUACUGUGAUGACGGGACACUGAGACCAGACGCCCUCAUGAAGGCCCCUGACGAAGAUCACUGGAGGCAACACCACCCUCUCAACAUCAUGGUCGAGUGCCAGGAGCUGGAGCUGCUGAAGCACCGCUUGUGUCAGCGGCUGAUGAGAGAGAAGUGGGACCGCUACGUGGCUACUGUGUUCUACUGUCUCCUCCUCCUCUCCGCAGCAUUCGUCCUGGCUCUCUCCGGCUACGUCACCGUCGCUUGUGACUGGGACUACGUAGAGAAGGCGAUGAAGGUGUCGCAGGACAUGGUGUGCGGGUGCCUGCGUGGGAGACGUGUUCUGGCGGCUGAUCUUGGGGCCUCUGCUUGUCCCUCCACCUCCUCUCCCACUUCUGUUCCGGAGACUGUACUGGUACAGAGUGCUGCCCACCGCCUCAUCAGACUCAUCACUCUCUUCCUCCUUCUUCUUAGAGUGGUCAUAGAAGCAUGCAAGCUGCAACACCUGCGGGGUACGCAUCUUCGGACUGAGAAGACGGUACAGGCGGUGUGCUACGUCACGGCUACGGUACUGCUCGUGGACUGGACGGAGUGUACCGCUGCCACUGGGGUACGGGAGGAUUGGCAGUGGUGCUGUGGUGUUGUGUCGGUGCUGCUGGCAUGGUAUGAACUCAUUCUCCUGCUGGGCAUGAUGCCUCAAUUUGGUGUCUACCUCUUCAUUCUAAACGACUUCCUAAAAACCAUCCUAAAGCUAUUUGGACUCAUGUUUCUUCAAGUGGUGGCAUUCACCUUUGCCUUCCAUAUGUUAAUGAGAGGCAACUAUGCCUUCAAUAACUUUCCUCGGGCCAUCAUGAAGAUCCUGACCAUGAUGCUGGGAGAUCUGAGUUACGACGACCACUUCAGCAACACAGAGAGUCCCUUGCCAUACCCGACCAUCAGCAACCUUCUCCUACUGUGUUUCCUGGCGGUUAUGGUCAUUGGAAUGAUCAAUCUAGUCACUAACCUUCCGCAGGGAGAGCUGGAGAAGGCUAAGGAUGAGGCCCAGCUUAUAAAUUUGUCAAGUCGGGUCAACCUGCUGCUUGCUAUUGAGUCGUGGUUUCCAGCAUUAAGGAAGCGCUACACUGUUGGCUGGGUGACUGAGAGAGUCCAGCAGGAUAAGAUACAGGAUGUGGACUCCGGUGCUUCCAGCAGCCUGACCAGCACCAACUCCCCAUGCAGAGUCUGCUGUAAUGUUAUGUCCGAGCAGACCCACAGGUUAGUCGAGGAUCUGGUCGGCCAGAUUCGUGAACAAAACAUGAUUCUGGAGGAACUGAGGUCACGUCUAUCUCGAGAUGAGGAGCCGCGUGAACCACAAGGUACAGGAUAAUGUUUGGUUUAAUCAAUAACACUGACGUUAUCUUGAGAUGAUUUCGGGGCUUUAGUGUCCCCGCGGCCCAGUCGUCGACCAGGCCUCCACCCCCAGGAAGCAGCCCGUGACAGCUGACUAACUCCCAGGUACCUAUUUACUGCUAGGU